CAUUUAGAUCAGUACAUGUAUGGCUCCUUUUGAGCUAAGUAAGAGAUACAGAAACAUAAAAGAAAUGAUGACAGGUGAAAAGGGUUUGUUGAAGUUCCUCAGCCCAAAGCUCCGGAACCGCCUGCAUCCCAUCAACAUCGAAGCUGCUGUGCUAUGGAGUGUUGCAGGCACUGCCACUGCCCUUUGGCUUGUACAGCCAUUUGACUGGUUGAAGAAGAAGAUUUGGGGGGUGGAGGAAAAAACAGAAGACAAGGUGCAAAGUGAUGAAUAAGAUAGGAGUGUUGCAAAG